UCGAGAAAGAAAGAGAAAAAAAAAUUCGAGAAAAAGGUUCGCGUAAAAAUAAUUUAUAUUUUAUGGGGGUUAUCUAUCUGGGUCUCGAUCGUUAUAUCUAUAUAUAAAUGUAAAAUUAGGCAAGGUUUCUUUACUUGGAUAUUUGCCGCUUCAUUUGAAUAAGGGCAAAUAAUCCGUUGGUACACAGGGAGGCAUACAGUCUUACGCAGAAAGUUUCCUCUCUCAACGUCUCAAUUCUCAAUCUUGGUUCAUUCAAAUCUUAACCAAAAUGAGUUUCGAUUCUUCUCGCUCUGCCAACUCGGACUCGAAAUCAAAGAGAAGCCUCAAUUCAGCCUAUUCAAACCCUUCCAGUAAUAGUAACAACAACAAGAAGAAAAAAACUAACCAGAAAACCCUAGGCAUGGCUUGGGGCCCCAAUUCUCGCUCUUCGUCUCGAUCCUCUUUCCGUAAUUCGCCAUUCUCUGAUUUCGGCAGCUACAUGGUAGUGAAGAAUCGGAAACUACAGGACCAGUUUGAUGCUGAAGCUUCAAGUUCUUCUAACAGUGCUUCAAAUAGUGGGAAGCCUAUUUUUCACGGGAUUUCGAUUUUUGUUGAUGGAUUCACGGUUCCUUCUAGUCAGGAGCUGCGAGGGUACAUGUUAAAGUUUGGAGGGCGCUUCGAGAAUUAUUUCUCUAGACAUCGCGUCACUCAUAUUAUUUGCAGUAAUCUUCCCGACAGUAAAAUUAAGAACCUGAGGUCAUUUAGUGGUGGGCUCCCAGUAGUGAAACCCACAUGGGUGUUGGAUUCUGUUGCUUCUAAUAAACUUUUGAGCUGGGUUCCUUACCAACUUGACCAGCUUGCUAGUGAAACUCACAAGCAACCGAAGUUGUCAACCUUCUUUGCUCUAAAAAGGGACCCAGUCUCUGAUGUUGCUGCAAUGUGUUUUAUUGAUCAAUUAAAAGUUGAAACCGAGGAUACAUUGUUGAAGGGUGGCACAAUUAAGGAUUCUGAUUUAUCUGAAGUGGGUGAAUCCAUAGAACACGGAAGGGAAUGCAGUAGAGAAUCUGAGAUUGUUGCGCAUGGGAAUGCAACUGAAGCAAUUAUCAAGGAGACAACUUGCAACAAUGGAACAUAUAUUGAAUGUGAAAUUGCUGAACCAAGAAAAGACACUACAGUAGAUAAGAACAGUGAUGGAAUUCAAGCUGAAUCUAGUCCCUGUCAACCUUCUGCUUCAGUUAGCAGCUACUGCCGAGACAAUCAAAAGGUGAAAGAAUUGUCUAGCCCAACAAUUGUUGUGCCAUCUAAUCAGAAUCAUUCAACUCUUGUGGACCCUGAUUUUGUGGAAAAUUAUUUCAAGAACUCCCGACUUCACUUUAUAGGUACUUGGAGAAGUCGGUAUCGUAAGCGUUUUCCCAGCUUGUCUGAUGGGUUCAAGCAUGCAAGUACAGAUCUUAGUGCUUUUGCUCGGAGGACAUCCAUUAUCCACGUGGACAUGGAUUGUUUUUUUGUCUCUGUGGUCAUUAGAAAUCAUCCUGAAUUACUGGAUAAGCCUGUAGCUGUAUGCCAUUCUGAUAAUCCACGAGGAACUGCUGAAAUCUCUUCUGCAAACUAUCCUGCUCGAGAUUAUGGAGUGAGGGCUGGAAUCUUUGUUAGAGAUGCCAAGGCUCUUUGUCCUCAUCUUGUCAUUUUCCCUUACAACUUUGAAGCUUAUGAGGAGGUGGCUGAUCAAUUUUAUAACAUCUUGCAUAAACACUGCAACAAAGUGCAGGCCGUAAGCUGUGAUGAAGCAUUUUUAGAUGUCACAGACUCAGAAAUGGAAGACGCUCAGUUUUUAGCUUCAGUAAUUAGAAAAGAGAUUUUUGAAACUACAGGAUGCACUGCAAGUGCUGGAAUUGCUGGGAAUCUGCUUAUGGCCCGACUUGCCACAAGGACUGCUAAACCAGAUGGACAAUGCUACAUCCCACCUGAGAAGGUGGAUGAUUAUUUAUGUGAACUUCCAAUCAAGGCACUUCCAGGAAUUGGGCAUGUUUUAGAGGAAAAGUUGAAAAAGAGACAAGUUCAGACUUGUGGCCAGCUGCGCAUGAUUUCCAAGGAAUCUCUCCAGAAGGACUUUGGGGUUAAAACUGGUGAUAUGCUGUGGAAUUAUAGUAGAGGGGUUGAUAAUCGGCUGGUUGGAGCGAUCCAGGAAAGCAAGUCCAUUGGUGCUGAUGUAAACUGGGGCGUGAGGUUCAAAGAUUUAAAAGAUGUUCAACAUUUUCUUUUGAAUCUUUGCAAGGAGGUCUCAUUGCGUUUGCAGGGAUGUGGAGUGCUAGGGCGCACUUUUACCCUUAAGAUGAAGAAGAGGAAAAAUGAUUCUGAACCAAUAAAGUAUCUGGGUUGUGGAAACUGCGAGAACUUGAGCCGCUCUAUGACGAUUCCACUGGCUACUGAUGAUGUGGAUGUGCUUCGAAAGAUAAGCACACAGCUGUUUGGAUCCCUCUGCAUUGAGGUCAAGGAUAUCAGAGGAAUGGGCUUGCAAGUUUCAAAACUUGAAAGUGCAGAUACUGCUAAUCAAGGGAAUGAAAGAAACUCUAUUCGUUCUUGGCUUGCCUCAGCCUCAGCCUCAGCAGGGACUGAAGAAUUACCUAGAACCACUAGUUCAACCAGAGAGAACACUUGUAGAGAUUUUGAUAAGCAGACCAUUGAUGGAAACCCUGGUCAGUUCUACAGUGAUCCAACUGGAUCGUCAUUCCGAAUGGGCACUAAUAUGUCCAAUGGUGAUGUUCGUUUAAACCAGGAUUCAGUUCUGCCGUCUCUAUGUGAUCUUGAUUUGGGAGUUGUAGAGAGUCUUCCUCCAGAACUUUUUUCAGAAAUAAAUGAUAUGUAUGGUGGGAAGCUAGUCAAUCUCAUUUCUAAAAAUAAAGGCAAAAGUGCCACUGUCGGAAGUUCUCUAGGUACCACAUCAUAUGAAAGACUAGAAGGUGUAAUAAAUGAGGGAAAGGGACCUUUUCCCACUCAUUUAGCCUCUUUAAGCAGCAUCCCUGUACAAAACAAGGAUACAGUUGAGAAAAUUCAGUCAGUGCCUGUUAGUGGGGCAGGAUCUUCAAAUGAAGAUAUUUCCACUUCACUUCAAGAUAAAUUUGAUCUAAUGCCUUCAUCUCUAAGUCAAGUAGAUGUCUCAGUAUUACAACAAUUGCCUGAAGAAUUGAGAGUUGACAUAUUUGAGCUGCUUCCUCCACACAGGAGACCGGAAUGUUCAUCAGAUGGUGCUUUGAGUUCCAUGCUUAAUCCUCAGGAAUCAUCAUAUGUAAAGUUAGCUGAGAAACCAAUGGGGUCAAUGAGUUCAUUGUUAAGCAAUGAUCUUUGGGUUGGUAAUCCACCUAAGUGGGUCGGGUAUUUCAGAGACAGCAAUUUCUGGAUAUUUAACAUUCUUGCAGAGAUGUAUUACAGAGCAGGGUCAACUGGGUUUUUAUCUUCUAUUCUGCAACACACCAUUUCUGAGUCUCGAGUUUCUCUGGUCGCAAGUAUUGAUGGUUGGGAUGAUGCUGUUAGUUGCUUAUGUGAGCUUCUCAAGCAGUAUAUUGAACUUAAAAUUGAAACAGAUAUUGAAGAGAUCUAUGUCUGCUUUCGUCAUCUUAGAAGGUUGACUUCAAAGUCAAAGUUUUUCUUACAAGUUUAUGAUGUCAUCUUUCCCCACCUUCAGACAUCUGUUGGUGAAAAUUAUGGAGGGAGCUUGCAUAUAUCAGAUGCGAAUUAGAAUGCAUUGGUACACCUAUUUCAUUGUUGAAGGGACGUACUCUACAAGUCUUGGUGAGGAUAAAUCCUAUUUUCACUCGCUACUGAUAUGCAAUCUCAUAGUCAAACCCAAGGUGUUACCCUGUUGGGCAAAUGACAUAAAAUGAUUAUGGUGCACUAUUUUCUUUUAUCGUAAUAUGACGAGGAGACCAAUCCUUCUACCAUUGGAAACAGGUGGGUGCACUAUAUGUGACGACUGUAUGAAGGACAUUUCCUAAUUGUCCUCAUUAAUCAAUGAUGCUGGAAGGAGUAGUCUGGGAUAAUCCAGACUUUUGGUUAUAUUUGUAGUAAAAAAACAUUUUAGAAUGGUUCAAGGUUUUGGAUGGUGAACAUUCUCGGGGCAACUCCUUUGAGAAAUGGUACUUUUGACAGCCAUAGGUAAUACGAAUGAGACCCAAGCUGUAGAGAAUUCGCUUGAGCAUUGUGGUGGGAGAAUAGAAGAUGGAUAGAAAAUGCCUAGUGAUUCAAAAGAGAGGAUUUUGCUACAAGGGUGUGCUGUGAGAUGGAGAUCUCAUAUAUAAUACUGACUAUGAUUAGUUUGGAAAAGGCUCCAAAGGAAAAUUUUCAAAGUCCAAUGUUUGUUUUGAUGGAAUCCAUUGCUCAACAAAGGUUCAAGUGGACCAACUACUGAAAGCUAUCAAGAGAGACACCAUUGAAUGGAGCCCGGUGAGUUUCAAGCAUUCAACAUGGAUGACCAGCUCAGAGUUCUACUGUAGAAUAGACUUCUCAAUGCGUACGCGGCCCGAUGAUUCGAAGCCAUUCAACACGUGAGAACACCUUACUUGGGGGAGAGAAAUGAACUCAUUUAAUCCCACCUGCCCAACAUUUUGCUCCUCGUGUUUUUGACUUGAAUGAAGCAGCCCCCUCCCAUAAUCUGUCAUCAUUACGAAACUUAAUGAAUUAAUUUACGAGCUGAAGCUUUGGACUUGAAUAAAGCCUCCUCCCAUAAUCCAUCGUCAUUACGAAACUUCAUGAAUUAAUUUACGAGCUGAGGCUUUUGACUUGAAUAAAGCCUCCUCCCAUAAUCCAUCGUCAUCAUCAUGAAACUUUAUGUAAUAAUUUAUACAUGUUAAUCACGAGAGAGAAAUGAAAGAUCUACUUUUAAGUUGAAUAUUUUGACCAGUGGUGUAUUGAUUUUGUUAUUGAUUUAAGUUGAAUGGCGGAUCCAUGUUAAUCUA